UAAUGCCAAUAUGAUAUGUAUUUAUUUUGUGAAGUAUUUAUUAAACUAAGAAUUGAAUCGAAUUUGGUAGGAUUACCAAAGGCGACUGAUUACAACUCUACCCUAUUACUAAAUACUAACUAUGCAUUCCAUAGUCAAAGCUAAAAGAGUUUGAAGAAGAGUUUCUUCCUCGAGCUCCGAGACAUGCAAUUCCCAAAUUGUCCAAAGACCAAAUUAUAAAAUUUCGCGCCUCGAGUGUUCUGUUCACUACCAUACCCACACUCGCAAUACAAAAACAACAAACUGCAUCUACACCGUCCAUUCACAAUCAACAGUUUUAAGUGACAGUUCCAGAUCAUAAGAAUCACGUGAACACUUCCACUGAACCAUGCGAUGUCAUGUUCCCAAAUCACGAGCUCUCUAAUUCAAUUCAAUUCAUUUUCUUUUUUAUUUUUUUUAUUUUUCUUUGUCCUUUUCAACUUCCCUUCUCUCGAGGCAACAAAUAAAAUAAAUUAAUUUCCCACAAAGAUAAGGGGUUCUGCGUUUUUAUGAGCUUUUACCAAAAGCUCAUAAUCUUUCUUGUUUCCCACUUCUUGAACCAGUUUUAUUGUUUCAUGGAAGGUGUUAAAGUGGUUGCUUUGUUUGUUUCCUUUAUGCUGUUGCAUUUGGUGGCAAUGAUUGUUGUUGAGGGCACUGAAAGUCUUCUCUCUCCAAAGGGUGUUAACUAUGAAGUGGCUGCUUUGAUGUCCAUGAAGAGUAAGAUGAAUGACGGGUUGCAUGUUAUGGAUGGUUGGGAUAUUAAUUCUGUUGACCCUUGUACUUGGUACAUGGUUGCUUGUUCUGCUCAGGGUUAUGUGAUUUCUCUGGAAAUGGCUAGUGCUGGAUUAUCUGGAACGAUUUCCUCCGGAAUUGGAAAUUUGAGCCACCUCCAAACAUUGUUAUUGCAGAACAAUCGGUUAUCUGGUCCUAUCCCGGCUGAGAUAGGAAACCUGUUAGAGCUUCAAACCCUCGAUCUUUCCGGUAACCAGCUUGUUGGGAACAUUCCUAGUUCUUUGGGUUUUUUGACUCAUCUUAGUUACUUGCGGCUUAGCAAAAAUAAACUGUCUGGACAGAUCCCUCAACUUGUUGCUAAUCUCACAGGACUUUCGUUCUUGGAUUUGUCAUUCAACAAUCUCAGUGGUCCUACUCCAAAAAUUUUAGCAAAAGGUUAUAGUAUUUCAGGAAACAACUUCCUCUGUACAUCAUCCUCACAAAUUUGUAUGGGUGCUUCGAAGCCAGUAAAUGAUACAGGGUCAUCUCGGACAGUCAGCAGUCAUCGCCAUACGGUGCUUUCGGUUGUUAUUGGUUUUAGUUGUUCAUUUGUAAUUUCAGUGGUGCUGCUCGUCUAUUGGUUGCACUGGUACAAAUCACGCAUCCUCUAUUCAUCCUACGUGGAGCAAGAUUGUGAAUUUGGUAUUGGUCAUUUGAAGAGGUUCUCCAUCCGUGAAUUGCAAAUUGCUACUGGAAAUUUCAGUUCAAAAAAUAUUAUAGGACAAGGUGGUUUUGGUGUUGUAUACAAAGGAUGCCUUGCAAACAAAAUGUUGGUGGCAGUUAAGAGGCUGAAAGAUCCCAAUUAUACCGGAGAAAUGCAGUUUCAAACCGAGGUUGAGAUGAUUGGCUUGGCUGUACAUCGUAACCUCUUGCGUCUUUAUGGAUUUUGUAUGACACCAGAUGAAAGGUUACUCAUUUAUCCUUUCAUGCCCAAUGGCAGCGUUGCUGAUCGCUUGAGAGAGACUUUCCGUGGAAAGCCGUGUUUGGAUUGGAAUAGGCGAAUGCACAUUGCUGUUGGGGCUGCACGUGGGCUUCUGUAUUUGCACGAACAAUGCAAUCCUAAAAUAAUCCACAGGGAUGUUAAGGCUGCGAACAUUUUGUUAGAUGAAAGUUUUGAAGCUGUGGUGGGAGAUUUUGGUCUUGCUAAGCUCUUAGAUCAAAGGGAUUCACAUGUAACUACAGCAGUACGGGGUACCGUAGGACACAUUGCCCCGGAAUAUCUUUCGACCGGACAGUCUUCCGAAAAAACAGAUGUUUUUGGAUUUGGCAUAUUACUUUUGGAGCUCAUUACAGGACAAAAAGCACUGGAUGCUGGAAACGUUCAGGUCCAAAAGGGAAUGAUUCUUGAUUGGGCUAGAACUUUAUUUGAGGAAAAGCGGCUGGAAGUGUUAGUUGAUAGGGAUCUAAAGGGAUGUUUCGAUCCGGUAGAGUUAGAAAAAGCAGUGGAGUUAUCUUUGCAAUGUACUCAAUCUCUUCCUAGUUUGAGGCCAAAAAUGUCAGAAGUUUUGAAGAUUCUUGAAGGCCUUGUUGGUUUGUCAUUGAGGCCAGAAGAGUCACAAGGAGGGGCUAACUUAUAUGAUGAAAGGACUUGCAGUUUCUCUCAAAAUUAUAGUGAUGUUCAUGAACAACCUUCCUUUAUUAUUGAAGCCAUUGAACUUUCUGGACCUAGGUGACAAUAGUUAUAGUCUUGUCCAACUUCUCAACUCUACAUGUACAUGAAUUUUGUAUCUUAUCAAUAUAUAGAUAACAUAUAAGAAUACCUUUAUUUUCCCUU